CCGUGAUCAUGAUGCAUGCAACUGCGUCGAAAUAUCGGGAGCUCGACAAAAAUCAAAAAGACUAUAGACGCUAACAUGAGGCAACUGUCGGUGUGGCUGCUCCUGACAGUUUUUAUUGUGGUGUUAACUUACGUACCUGACAAUGAAGUAACAGCAGCACCAAGCGAUCACGACCACCAUCAUCGUCAUCGCCGUCAUCGGCCCAAACACGAUGAUGAUGAUGACGAUGAUGACGAUGACGAAGACGAAAAGCCUAAAAAACACAAGCCUAAGAAACAUAAGAAAAAAGGUGAUAAAGAUAAAGAUGAUGAUGACGAUGAUGAUAAAGAUGAUCAGGAUAAGGACAAGAAUAAAGAUAAGGAUAAGGACAAGGAUAAAGAUAAGAAGAAUAAGAAAGAUAAAAAGAAAGGUAAGGAUGAUGAUGGCGACGAAGAUAAAAAGCCAAAAAAACACAAACCUAACAAACAUAAGAAAAAAGGUGAUAAAGAUAAAGAUGAUCCGGAUAAGGACAAGAAUAAAGAUAAGGAUAAGGACAAGGAUAAAGAUAAGAAAAAUAAAAAGAAAGGAAAGGAUGAUGAUGACGACGAAGAUGAAAAGCCAAAAAAACAUAAGCCUAACAAACAUAAGAAAAAAGGUGAUAAAGAUAAAGACGAUGAUAAAGAUGAUAACAAAGAUGAUGAUAAAGAUGAUAAGAAGGAUAAAGAUAAGAAAAAGAAGAAAGGUGAGGAUAAAGAAAAGGAAAAAAGCGACAAGUUGAUGCAAGAUGGAAAAGAAAUCAUCAAAGAUAUUGAUAUUUUGGAGCAGAUAUUUUCGCGGUAAACGACGAUUGCGAAGCCCAAACAUCGAAUUACUGUAAAAUAUACCAUUUUGAUAAAAGUUUUUUUUAACACGAAUAUCUUAAAAAAAUAUUUUUAUUUCUUCCCCUAGUACCUUAUCCGGUUGCACGUUGGGUAUGUCAGGCCCCGUAGCCGAAUGGCAUUUCUGCGACGCUAAACGCCGCAGAAAUAUGCAAUCUAUCUCUAUCGCUCUUGCGUAUUGGCGCGACAGAGCCAGACUGCCAGAGAUACCAUUCGGCUACGGGGGCAGGUAUGAUGAUUGGUUAUAGGGGAGUGGGGGAGUGAAGGGGAAAUUUAUGGUGGUAAGUUCCUUCUCCUUGGGAUAUCCUAAAAUCCUGAUUACUUUCAUUUGAUAUGAAAUUAUAUGAAAUGAAAAUGAAAUGAAAAAACAAUAUUUCAGACGUAAUUCCAUAGAGUUGUUAGUAAACUUAAAAACUAUCCCUACUCUAUAUUAGUCACAAUAAUACCAAAAAUA